AUGGGGCUUUUGCAACUGAGUGCAGCUCCAUCUUCAUCUUUUUCCAUGCACGCUUUUAUUCUUCUUUGGUGCCUGGGCAUAUUUGUCACCUCAGUGGUCAGCGGGCAUAAUGAGACGGACCGUUUGGCAUUGCUUGAGUUCAAAGCCAAGAUAAUCCAUGAUCCUCUUAGGGUUAUGAGCUCUUGGAAUGAUAGCAUCCAAUUUUGUCAAUGGCAAGGGGUUACAUGUAGCCACCGACACCAAAGGGUCACCGUGUUGAACUUGCAAUCUCUGGAACUGGUAGGCUCUAUAUCUCCAUAUGUUGGGAAUUUAAGUUUUUUAAGGAAUCUAAGCUUAAAAAACAACACACUUCAUAAAGAAAUCCCUCCAGAAAUUGGUCGUUUGACUAGAUUGCAAGUCUUAGAACUGCAAAAUAACACAAUACAGGGGGAAAUUCCAAGCAAUUUAUCUGGUUGCAACAACCUUGUCGCCCUUCAUGUUGGUCGUAACCAACUGGUGGGAGAAAUUCCUACUACGCUUACCUCCUUGACAAAACUCCAACUCUUUUCUAUUAAUAGGAAUAAUCUUACAGGAACUGUCUCACCUUUUUUCGGGAACUUAUCAUUUUUAGAAAUUUUUUCUGCAACUUGUAAUAAUUUGGGUGGGAGUAUCCCUAAUUCUUUUGGUCAAUUGAUGAAACUUUCAGGUAUUAGUGUGCAGGUUAAUAGGUUUUCUGGAACCAUUCCUCGCUCAAUGUACAAUCUCUCUUCUUUAUUGACUUUUGCUGUAUCUGAAAAUCAAAUCCAGGGGUCUCUUCCAUUCGACAUUGGUAUCACUCUACCAAAUAUCGAAGUAUUUAUCUUUGCUGACAACCAAUUUACCGGAUCUAUCCCUGUUUCAAUAUCUAAUGCCACAAAUCUAGAUACAUUUGAAAUGGGAAAUAAUAAACUAAGUGGAAAAGUUCCUUCUUUGGAGAAGUUAAAUAGAUUGACAUUUUUAAGCCUUUUCCUCAACCAUCUUGGAAGUGGGGAAACAGAUGACUUGAAUAAUAAUAAAAUAUCAGAAAACAUUCCUGCUGAGAUAGGAAAUCUGAUCAACUUGGAGGACUUGCGGACUGGGAACAAUAAAUUAUCAGGUCAUGAUUUUAAAGCUUUGGUAUAUGAGUUCUUGGGAAAUGGCAACCUAGAUGAGUGGUUACAUCCAACUCCAAGAACAAAUGAGGCUGUUGAGGAACCAAGGAAGUUGAGUCUUCUCCAAAGAUUGAAUAUCGCCAUUGAUGUUGCUAGUGCAUUGGAUUAUCUUCAUCAUCAUUGCCAGACGCCAAUUGUUCAUUGUGACCUCAAGCCAAGCAAUAUUCUUCUCGAUGAUGAAAUGGUUGGACAUGUAGGCGACUUUGGCUUGGCAAAAUUCCUUCAUGAUGCUACCCAGGAUUGUUCUACUAAUCAAUCAAGUUCCAUUGGGGUUAGAGGAACAAUUGGUUAUACUCCUCCAGAGUAUGGUAUGGGAAACGAAGUUUCAAUAUAUGGUGAUGUCUAUAGUUAUGGCAUAUUAUUGUUAGAGAUGUUCACAGGAAAAAGGCCAACUAAUAGUAUUUACCAAGAUAACUUAAACCUUCAUGACUUUGUUAAAGCCGCUUUGCCCGAACAUAUCAUUGACAUUGUAGAUCAUUUUCUUCUUUGGGAAAGACAAAAGGAAGAGACAAGGAAUGACACUCGAAAUGAGGAUCCAAAUGGAAGUUUCAACAUUCAAGAAUGCUUGAUUUCGAUACUUGAAAUUGGAGUUGCUUGUUCCACACAAUAUCCAAGAGAAAGAAUGAAUAUCAAUGUUGUUGUAGUUGAGCUGCAUAAAAUUCGACAAAACAUUCUUUAA